AUGUAGUUCUUUUUUUUAAUGACUUGUGCCUUUGGCUAUGAGUCUUAUCCUGGCAUUGUGUAAUUUGCUGUGGAGAGAAAGCAGACGGCAUGGAAACGCGACCUGUAGCUUCAGCCUAGAAUAAGAAGCCGUAUCUUCUGGUAUAAAGAGAAAAAGAUUGCAAGCCUUGUUUUGUCCAACCUGGGAGUUACCACAUCCAAGGGCGAUAAAAAAUUAAAAGUGACUCGACUCCAGUGGAGAGAUGACAGCUGCCAGAGGAUGUUCGCUGAGCUGUCUGCAACCUGUAACAUGGACAACAUCCCACAUCUUGCUUAUUUGAAAAUUAGGCUCUCUCUGACUCCUGAGAAAUGGUGUGGCAGACAAGUAAAGAAGGACAAUGAGACAAGAAGCCGGAUAGUGACAGCAAAAGGGAACAGCAGCUCCCUUGGCACAGCAGCCCCCUUGGCUCUGCAGGGGCUUGGACAUUUUACCAAAUAGUAAUUGGAGGGCUAUACUGCUAGAUACAAAAGAUGAGAAUGUGUGGGAAGCAGCAGUGAGGUCCAGGAUCAUCAGCCUUGUGUGAAGCCAAGUUUCCUCCACCGCACAGAGCUGCUAGCAAAGAGUAAAGUCGUGGGGAUUUUACCUAGGUUUUGUUCCUGAAAAACUGUUCUCAUCUUCUGUAUAAUUUUUGGACUAGCAGGAAUCAGUUCCAUCUUCAUGUGUAAACUUUGUAACUUAUUUUCACCGAAUCAGUCAGAGCUAUUGUCUCAUGUCUCUGAGAAGCAUGCAGAAGAAGGGAUUAAUGUGGACGACAUCGUUAUUCCUCUCAGACCGCUUACAGAACCCACAAAUACAAGCAAAAGUGGAGAAGUGAAGAGAAAAAGGGGAAGACCAAAAGGGUCAACUAAAAAGUACUGUGCAGAUGAAGAACUGGCAGAAAACAAUAAUAUUCCAAGUGAGGAAGCUCAACCAGGGCCAGAGGAAGGAACAGAGCUGGCUGAAGUUUUGCCGGGCAGUCUGGAAUGCAAGAAAUGCAACCGGAAGUUCUCCAAUACACGUCAACUGAGAAAACACAUCUGCAUCAUUGUUUUAAAUGAAGGCGAGGAUGAAGGGGACCCAGGUAAUGAUUCUGACGUUGACCUUGACAGGAAGGAAGAUGAGCGCGAGAGAACUCCAAAGAGGCCACGGGUACCGAAAACUGAGAAAACUCUGUCAGCCAAGGAGACAGACCAGAUUUCAGGAGCUAAGAAUCCUAUUAUAAGUGUGAUUUUGACAGCACAUGAAGCUAUUCCAGGAGCCACAAAAAUAGUUCCAGUUGAGGCUGCUCCCCAAGAAACGGAACCGGCAACAAAUUCUGAGGCAGCUGUUCAAGACCAAGCUCAGCGAAGAGGCUAUCAAGAAUAUGCCAUUCAGCAAACACCCUAUGAGCAGGCAAUGAAAUCAAGCAGGCUAGGUCCAACUCAGCUAAAAAUUUUUACUUGUGAAUACUGCAACAAGGUAUUCAAAUUUAAACAUUCUCUCCAGGCUCAUUUGAGGAUUCAUACAAAUGAAAAACCUUACAAAUGUUCAUACUGCAGCUAUGCCAGUGCCAUCAAAGCCAACCUCAACGUGCACAUGAGGAAACACACAGGGGAAAAAUUCAGUUGUGAUUACUGUGCAUUCACAUGUCUCAGCAAAGGCCAUCUCAAAGUCCAUAUUGAGCGAGUCCACAAGAAAAUUAAGCAACAUUGUCGCUUUUGCAAAAAGAAAUACUCGGAUGUCAAAAAUCUAAUCAAGCAUAUCAAGGAAACGCAUGACUUGAAGGACAAGAAGGUGAAAGAUGUGUUUGAUGAGCUCCGCUUGAUGACCCGAGAAGGCAAGAGACAGCUGCUGUAUGACUGCCAUAUUUGUGAACGCAAAUUCAAAAAUGAACUGGAUCGAGACCGUCACAUGCUAGUCCAUGGUGAUGAAAGACCAUUUGCUUGUGAGCUCUGUGGCCAUGGAGCCACAAAGUAUCAAGCACUUGAACUUCAUGUUCAGAAACACCCAUUUGUUUAUGUCUGUUCUGUAUGCCUGAAGAAAUUUGUCAGUUCUGUAAGGCUUCGUGCACAUAUCAAAGAAGUUCAUGCGGAUUUGCAAGAAACUUCUGUUUUUAACAGUUCUAUCAAUCAGAGUUUCUGCCUUCUGGAGCCUGGAGGUGAUAUCCAACAGGAAGCACUUGAACAAUUAACACAGCCUGCAGAUAAAAUCACUCUCCUAAGCACUGAAGCACUUAGCAUACCAAAGCAACUUAACUGUAAAGAUGAAACAAAUACCACUGAGGUAAGCCAUAAUGAUCAGCUUGACAGUCAUUUAAAAAUUGAGGCUGCCCCUUCCUUAGAAUUGGAAAACUCUCUGGUGGAGAGUGCAGCUGAGCUGCCCUGUCAACCAUCAACUGAUGCAGAAGUACCGCACAUUGAAUCACAUGCAGCGCCAAAUUGUUUUUUGCUGAAAAAUGCUGCUAGCACUUCAGAGGAACCAAAAUUGUCUCCUGGAAAUGAACAGGAAGUCAACUGUGAUAGUUCAGUAAAUAUACAGGGUGAUGAAAUCCACCUGCUGUUGCCGGGAGGCAAAGACUCGAGUGUGAAUCACAAUGAUAUAAACAUUGAGAGCCUUUCAGUUUCUGACGAGAAAGGUCAACCCUUUCAUGCUAGUGAAUUAGAAACAAGCACAUCAUCAAAUCAAAACAUGGCAGAAUCUACAAAUCCUCUUCCAGCACCAGAUUCCAGGGAAGCCAUCAGUCCAAAACCAAACUCUGCUAGCACAGCUUCUGAUACUCGGGGAGGAGCUGUGGCCUUUAUGCAGAUUUUGGAUGGUUUACAAAAGAGACAAAUGAACACAGAGUUGUGUGAGAAGAUAAGAAAAGUUUAUGGAGACCUGGAAUGUGAAUACUGUGGCAAGUUGUUCUGGUACCAGGUCCAUUAUGACAUGCACGUUCGUACUCACACUCGAGAACAUUUAUAUUACUGCUCCCAGUGCAAUUAUUCCUCCAUCACCAAAAACUGCCUUAAGCGUCACGUCAUACAGAAACACAGCAAUAUUUUGCUGAAAUGCCCCACUGAACACUGUGACUAUUCUACUCCAGAUAAAUACAAGCUUCAGGCACAUCUGAAAGUUCACACAGAGCUGGACAAAAAGAGUUACUCCUGUCCUGUGUGUGAGAAAUCUUUCUCUGAAGAUCGACUAAUAAAAUCGCACAUCAAGACAAACCACCCUGAGGUUUCAAUGAAUACCAUCUCAAAGGUUCUUGGUAGGAGGGUUCAGCUUAAAGGGCUAAUUGGAAAGCGAGCUGUGAAAUGCCCCUAUUGUGAUUUUUAUUUCAUGAAGAAUGGCUCAGAUCUUCAGCGUCAUAUUUGGGCUCAUGAAGGUAUCAAGCCAUUCAAAUGUUCUCUUUGCGAUUAUGCCACUCGCAGCAAGAGUAAUCUGAAAGCUCAUAUGAAUCGCCACAGCACGGAGAAAACUCACCUAUGUGACAUGUGCGGGAAAAAGUUCAAAUCAAAGGGCACUUUGAAGAGCCAUAAACUCCUCCAUACGGCUGAUGGAAAACAGUUUAAGUGUACAGUGUGUGACUACACCGCAGCCCAAAAGCCACAGCUCCUACGUCACAUGGAACAACAUGUAUCCUUCAAGCCUUUCCGUUGUGCGCACUGCCAUUAUUCCUGCAAUAUAUCUGGCUCCCUGAAGAGGCAUUAUAACAGAAAGCAUCCCAAUGAAGAGUAUGUUAAUGUAGGGACUGGUGAACUUGCUGCAGAAGCUCUUAUACAACAAGGUGGCAUUAAGUGCCCUGUUUGCAGUUUCGUGUAUGGUACAAAAUGGGAAUUUAACAGACAUCUUAAGAACAAGCAUGGACUGAAGCUAAUAGAACAGGAUGGGGAGACAAAGUGGGAGUUAACAACAGAGAUUUCUGAAGAAUCGUCCCCUCACUAUCUGCAUAUCACAGAAGCUGAAGAAGAUGUUCAGGGAACUCAAGCUGCUGUAGCUGCUCUGCAGGACCUAAGAUACACUUCUGAGAAUGGUGAAAGACUUGACCCCACUGCUGUAAACAUCCUUCAGCAAAUCAUUGAGUUGGGUUCAGAGACCCACGAUGCCGCUGCAGUUGCUUCUGUGGUUACCAUGGCGCCUGGAACCGUUACAGUGGUAAAGCAGGUGAAAGAAGAGGAGCAAUCAGCCAAUCACACUGUGAUGAUUCAAGAGACUUUGCAGCAGGCUUCAGUAGAGCUCUCUGAACAGCAUCACCUAGUCGUCUCAUCAGAUGAAGUGGAGGGUAUUGAGACAGUGACGGUAUACACGCAGGGUGGAGAGGCCUCGGAGUUCAUCGUUUAUGUGCAGGAAGCUAUGCAGCCUCUUGAAGAACAGGCAGUGGAACACUCUGUGCAGGAAAUCUAGGCCAAUAAUUGUAGGAGGGCUACACAAUAUUGCCAAAGCCAAAUCACAGUUUUUUGUGGUUUGCAGAUAAGAUUCAAGCUGGAUGCUAACAGAACUUUAAACUGCUCUCAGCUCCUCUGUGAAGUCAGACCUAGGUGUUUGACUGCUCAUCUAGCUAUUGAUCUAGACAUCCUAAACGCUGAGCCA